CCACCGGCCAGGGCCAUGGCCACCGCGCCCGGGGAGCGGCUGCGAGAGGAGGCGCGGUGCUCCGUGUGCCUGGACUUCCUGCAGGAGCCCAUAAGUGUGGAUUGCGGCCACAGCUUCUGCCUGCGGUGCAUCUCCGAGUUUUGCGAGAAGUCAGACAGCGCGCAGGGCGGCGUCUACGCCUGUCCCCAGUGCAGGAGUCCCUUCAGGCCCGCCAACUUCAGGCCCAAUCGGCAGCUGGCCAGUCUGGUGGACAGCGUGAGGCAGCUGGGGUUGGGUACAGGACACCCCGGGACGCGCCAGUGCGCGAGGCACGGCGAGGACCUGAGCCGCUUCUGUGAGGAGGACCAGACGAUGAUUUGUUGGGUCUGUGACACUAGCCCCGAACACCGGAGCCACCACACUGAACCGCUGCAGGAGGCUGCCAGCCGCUACCAGAGGAUGCUCCAAGCCGCUUUGGAACUUGUGAGGAAGGAAAUGGAGGAGGCUCUGAUGCAGGAGACCAACGUGGGGAAGAAGACCGUCAUUUGGAAGGAGAAAGUGGAGACGCAGAGACAGCGUUUCAGGCUGGAGUUCGAGAAACACCGAGGUUUUCUGGCCCAGGAGGAACAGCUGCAGCUGAGGCGGCUGGAAGAGGAGGAGCGAGCAACCCUGCAGAGGCUGCGAGACAGUCGGAACAGGCUGGUCCAACAGAACAAGGCCCUGAAGGAGCUGGCUGAAGAGCUGCAGGAGAGGAGCCAGCGGCCAGCCCUGGGGCUGCUGGAGGGAGUAAGAGGAGUCUUGACCCGAAGCAAAGCUGUGGCACGGCUGGAACCAGAGGCCAUCCCCUUGGAGCUGAAGACGGUGUGCCGCAUCCCCGGGAUGAGGGAGAUGCUGAAGAAAUUCCAAGUGGACGUGAAGCUGGAUCCCGCCACUGCGCACCCCAGCCUGCUUCUGACGGCCGACCUACGCAGUGUACAGGACGCGGAGGUCUGGAGGGACGUCCCAAGCAACCCUGAACGCUUUGAUACCUGGCCCUGCAUCCUGGGCCUGCAGGGCUUCUCCUCUGGAAGACACUACUGGGAAGUCAUCGUGGGGGAAAGGGCAGAGUGGGGGCUAGGGGUGUGCCAAGACUCACUGCCCAGAAAGGGGGAAACCACACCAUCGCCAGAGAACGGCGUCUGGGCCAUGUGGCUGCUGAGGGGAAGCGAGUACAUGGUCCUGGCCUCUCCCUCGGUGCCUGUGCUCCAAGAUGAGCGACCUCGCCGCAUCGGGAUCUUUCUGGACUACGAAGCAGGCGAAAUCUCCUUCUACAACAUCACAAAUGGGUCUUACAUCUACACGUUCAGCCAUCUCUUCUCCGGCAUUCUCAGGCCCUACUUUUUUGUCUGUGACACGACCCCUCUUAUCUUGCCACUCAUGGCAGAAGCAGGGCCUGGAAACUGGACCCCCAGGGGUCUACUUGAUCUCGCUGCUGCUGUUAGAAGUGAGGAAUGCUGAAACCAUCCGGAAGUGCUGUGCUUCACAGGGGUACUGGAUGGAUGGGGAGCAUGGCUGUGCCCUGCUUCAACAAGCCACACCAAUGCCAGCUCUGCAGGCCUGUUCUGUGGAAACUCUCCCAUGGGGGCUAAGGAGUGGAUCCCGGGUGGUUCACGUACUGAGGAGCUAUGUGGAGGGAAUGACUUCGAAAAGGCAGCAGGCUCAUCGAACCCUGCUGCCAGAUGUCUCGUCUUCCCUUGGUGCAUUUUCACAGUAAGAAGCUAGAAUUAAAUGAGAUUGUCCUUCCAUCCUCAACAUGGGAUGCAGGAGUAUCAAUUCUACUUGUUUCUGAUUGUUUUGUUUUUGAGACACAGUCUUCCUGUCUAAGGCUCUCCCCCAACUCUCGCCUCAGUGUCCUGGACACAGGUGUGUGCCACAAUGUUUGGCUGAGAAAUGAGAUUGCUUCAAAAUCAGCUGAUAUUAUUCCCGUGAGACCCAUAAUUCUGAAUCUUUUCUCCUUUUCCUUUCUCGAUCUCAUUCUCUCUCUCUUGUUGGAUGUGUCACCCUACCUAGUCUGCAGUUCCUUCUAGAUUAAUAGGUUCAGAAUCAUUCCUUUCUACGUUUGUAUUUCCUAACACUGCAGUCGAUUACUUUCCAUCUUUUCUGGUUUUUUUAAAAGAUGUUAUUUUUAUGUGUAUAUGCAUAUAUGCUUCUGUGUGUGUGUAUGCUAUAUCAGUGCAAGUGCCAGCAGAGGCCAGAAGAGGGUGUCAGAUCCCUGCAGCUGGGAUUACGGGCAGUUGUGAGCUGCCCAACAUGGGUGGAGGGAACGGAACUCCAGGCCUCUGGAGCAGCAAGAAGUUUUAACCACUGAGUCAUCUUUCCAGUUUCUGUCCCCUUUAUUUUAGAACCAGUUCUCAAUUAUUUUGAAGUUCAUUACUCUAAAUCCAAUAUCACUGAUUCCUAGACCUCUCCUUUUGUCUUUGGAUUCAUUGUUUAUUUUAAAAUAUUUUAAGUGGUUUUUUUUUUUUAAGAUUUGCUUAUUUUAUGUGUAUGGAUGUUCUGCCCCCAUGUAUGCUUGUGCACCAUGUGUGUACAGUGCCCGAGGAGGUCAGAAGAGGAAUUCAGAUCUCCUUGAGCUGGAGUUGUGAACAGUGGUAAGCCACCAUGUGGCUUCUGGGAACCAACCCUGGUCCUCUGUAAGAGUAGCAAGUGCUCUUAACUGCUGAGCAAUCUCUCUAGCCACUGGGUUAAUUGUUUUUAAAGGAAGCUGUGCUCUGGCAUUGGUGGUGGUACAUGCCUGUAAGAUUCAACCUCAAAAAAAAAAAAGUCAGAUACCGUAGCUUAGUUUGUAAAGCACUAGGCUGUCUUGUUCAACACCCUGAACUCAACCCCCAGGACCUAAACAGGCAGAAAGUUCUCAGAAGUUUGGAUUUUUUUCUUUCAGGAACUAGUAAUGACUAGAUGGGAACUGGCUUGAAAGCUUACUGUCCAUUCAAGCUCCAUCCACUCACAGGGACAAAUCUCUCCGGGAAGGAAACAGCAUGCACUUGCUUUCUGCCUCUUCUCCUGACACUGGUUCUUAAGACCUCAAUAAAUCAUAUCCUUUCUUGCCCAGACUCAGCUUCUGGGAUGAAUCCUAGAGCAGGGACACUGAUGACACCCUCAAAGUUAAUGGAGAUUUGUGAGGUUAUCAUUGGCGAGAGGCCAGAAUUUAACUCUUACUUAAAUACUGUGUAAAGAGGGUGAUGAGAUGAUAAUGAUAUUUAACUUAUUUUUCAUGUAUAUUCUCUGUCUUUCCAACAAAGCCCUUAAAGGUCAGUGAAGGCUCACUUGCUCUCACUCCUCUCUGUAUCUGUGUCUGGUAAAUAAGUGUUAAAUGUUAAAAUGUCAUGCUCUGAAAUGACAGCCCUAUAGGAAUUAUUGACAAAUCCAGUUUUCUUUAUCUUAAUAUUCCACCAAAAAGUUCAUCUUCCUCUUCAACCUUACUUUAAAAUUCAAGAUGUUUUCCCUUUUCCAUGGAUAUUUUAUGGCCCAUAGUAUUACUUUCAAUCAUGUUAUUGAUACAGCUUUCUUUCUAGAUUUUUUUUAAUUGGUCAUACGCAGAUACUUCUCUGCUCUGUCUCUCAUUUUCAGAUAGGAAAUGACAGGUCUUCACAUGCCCCUGUGUAUAGUUCACACACCAUACAAGCCAUCUUAGUGCAUGAUCUGGGUGGAACAGAGGGGCUUUAACCCAUCAAGAGCCUGGAUCAAUGAUUAGUCCGAGAUGACAUUUCCCAUGGGAUCUCCAACUACUCACAGGGACAUGGAAAUCAUCUUGUUGGGACUGAGACAAUGGAUACAUCUGAGUCCCAGGACCACCCUUCCUGCCAUGGAGACCCUAGUUCCUGUCUCUGGUGUGUCCCCAAAACUCUGAGUUUUGCCAUCUCACAGUGCCAACUAGCAAGUCACUAACCUAACAUGAGUUAUUAAAGAAUUCUUCCUCUGUAUUCUAAGAUUUCAAAUCUUGCAUCUCCUACUUCGAUCCUUCCCCUGCCUUUCCAAUCCCUAAAAUGCUCUCAACAUCCUCUCUGGAAUUCUAACCCACUGGCUGUAAAGUCCUCUAAAUGGACACCUGUUUCCCCACUUUCUCUACCCUUUCUCCCAAACAACACCUUUUUAUAUUUAACCAUUGACUUGAACUGUACAGGCAUUUAAAACCCAGCCCGUCUAAAACUUAGCCCCAGAUCCUACCACAGUACAAUCACCCUCUAAUUAAAAGCAGAAGAAAAGUCUCAUAUCUUGUACAUGGCAGCAUCUUUCCUUCAGUUGUUCAGACCAAGCAACUCCUUUACCGUGUUCUUGAUCACACUGUCCACCUCUAGCCCCUCGGCAGUGACGGUGUGGCUCUGCUUCAAAGGGGCUGAGAGUCCAGCCAGUCUUGAUCCCUGGCUGCGGCAAUCUCAGCCUGCACUUUCACGCCCACCCUUCUGCAUUACUGUACUCAUCUCUCUGCGGUUUCCCAGCUGGUCCUUCCCUGCCCGCAUUCUUCUUCAGCACAUCCCCUCAGACCCCAGACAGGGCUGCCACUGCACUGACCCUCUCGGUAGAGUUAAAGUCCAGUGAAAACUUCACCCUUCAAGGUGAGCUCUUGGGCCCUCAUGACCUGAGCCUGGUCCUUCUUCCAAUUCUGUCUUCCUCCAUCAUGAGCUCCCUUUUCAUUCUGCUCCAGCUACCUUGCCUCCAUGGUGGAUCUAUAGCCAACCAAGUACUUCCCACCACAGGGCCUCUCCUACAUCCAACCAAGUACUUCCCACCACAGGGCCUUUCCUACGUUCAACCAAGUACUUCCCACCACAGGGUUUCUCCCCAACUGUGAUUGCUGAUUGCAACUCUCCUUUCCCAGUACCUCCUCAACUGUUUCCUCCUCUCUGAUAAACCCACUCUAAGUCUUCUCACUGAAGACCUCCUCUUUCCGCACACCUUCCCAGUUCCCCUUCACCAGGCUCAUGAGGCUUGCUUACCCCACAUAGUACAUAUCAGUAUACAUCAUACACCAUACUAAACUCUUAUUUAUGAAGGUUUAUUUAAUUACUAAUUUAUUUGUUCUUUUGUGGUGUGAUGUAAGCAUCAUGAAGAGAACAGGAUAUUUAUUGACAAUGUGUUCCUAAGCAUAUCACAGGAUCUCAAACACUGGUUGCAUGUGGUUAUGGCUGAAUGCAUAUUUGUUGAAUGAGUGGAUGAUUAACCUGGAAAGAGAAUUAAAAGAUACAACUAGAAAUGUUUUACAAAAUGCAAUAUAUAGAUGCUAUUUGUAACCAGUCAGCCACCAUCCAAUAAAGGUCAAUGCCAAGU